AGAUAGAAACCCAUUGGAACCACCUGUGUUCUGUUCUCUAGGAGACAGAGAUGGGGAAGAACGACAAGGCGGCGCUAGGAAGGGCCCUGGUGAAGCACCACAACCAGAUGGUCCAGCAAUCCAAAGACAAGGGUCGGUUCUACAGGAACCAGCAGAAAAAGGUGCUGGAAUCCAUAACUGACGUCAACGACAUCGACGCCGUCAUCGAGCAGGCCGACGAGGCCGCGCGCCUCUUCUCCGCCGACAAUCCCAUCCCCAACCUCCUCGUUGAUCCGGACUCUAGCUCUAGCAUCAGUGACAUGACACCUGAGGAAAGGAGAGAACAACAGAAGAAAGAGGAGGCAUUGCAUGCUAGCAGUCUUCGUGUUCCACGCAGGCCACCAUGGAAUGCUGAAAUGACUGUGGAAGAGCUUGAUGCCAAUGAAACACGAGCUUUUUUAGUUUGGCGUCGCAACCUUGCAAGCCUCGAGGAGAAUGAAAAACUUGUUCUUACUCCUUUUGAGAAGAAUCUAGAUAUCUGGAGACAGCUUUGGCGGGUAGUUGAACGAAGUGAUCUGCUUGUGAUGGUGGUUGAUGCAAGGGACCCUCUUUUCUACCGUUGCCCUGAUCUUGAGGAAUAUGCACGAGAAAUCGAUGAGCACAGAAGAACAUUGCUUCUUGUUAACAAGGCCGAUCUUUUACCAUAUCCAGUUAGAGAAAAAUGGGCGAAAUAUUUCCGCCUCCAUGGGAUUCUAUUUGUAUUCUGGUCAGCUAAGGCAGCUACUGCUGCUCUUGAAGGGAAAAUGCUUGGGUUUCCAACAGAGAAGCAGAAUGGCCUGCAAGAAUCAGAUGAUACAAAAAUAUAUGGCAGGGAGGAGCUUUUAGCCCGUUUGCAGUCGGAAGCAGAAGAAAUAGCCAUGACAAGGAGGAAACAUUCUCCCAGCGUGAACAUUUCCGGAAAUGCUUCCAAAAGUGUUGUUGUGGGUUUUGUGGGGUACCCUAACGUCGGAAAGAGCUCAACAAUCAAUGCGUUGGUUGGCGAGAAGCGAACAGGUGUCACAUCAACUCCUGGAAAGACAAAGCAUUUUCAGACACUCAUAAUUUCCGAUGAACUAACACUAUGUGAUUGCCCUGGAUUGGUAUUUCCUUCCUUUACAAGUUCCAGAUAUGAGAUGAUUGCUUCUGGGGUUUUACCGAUUGACCGAAUGACUGAGCACAGGGAAGCAAUUCAGGUUGUGGCAAAUCGAGUUCCUAGACACGCAAUUGAGGAUGUCUAUAAAAUCACUUUACCAAAACCCAAGUCGUAUGAGCCGCAGUCUAGGCCCCCUUUGGGAUCAGAACUUUUGAGAGCAUAUUGUGCCUCGCGUGGCUAUGUUGCCUCUAGUGGGCUGCCUGAUGAAACAAAGGCUGCCCGAAUAAUCUUGAAAGAUUACAUUGAUGGGAAGCUUCCUCAUUUUGAAAUGCCCCCCGGAACCUCAGAUGAGGAGCCCAUUUCUUCUGGGAUGCGUGAAUCGGAUUCAUCUGAUUGUGAAGAUGAUGGAAACAGUGAAGAUGAAAGUGGACCUACUUUAGAACAUGUAUUGACUGAUCUUAAUUCAUUUGACGUUGCUAACGGACUAGGUCUGGAGAAGGUGGACCCUGUUAAGAAAAAGCCGGCAAAUGCGUCUCAUAAACAGCACAGGAAGCCCCAAAGGAAAAAAGACCGAUCAUGGCGGGUUCAUGGUGAUGGUGAUGGAAUGCCCGUUGUAAGAGUCUUCCAGAAGCCACUGAAUACUGGUCCUCUGAAAGUGGGAUAGUUCUCAAUUGUCUCGGCCGCUUGUGUUACUGCUUAUCCGUUUGUAUGUCUCUACCAAAAGAUUCGGGUCAUGCGUCUUAGUGAAUGCACACUCAAUUUAUUUGUUUUCUUCUUGUGGCUAAAUUACUAAAAGGCGCGGUUUUGAUAAUGUUUUGGAUUUUGCAUUUGUUGUAUCAUCUUACUUAUGUACAUAUCACGGAGAACAUGCGAAGAAAGACUUAAAUGUUCUAUGGUAUGGACAUAUAUCUUAUUAAUGUUUCUUUUACUACCAAGUUACGAAUUAAUAUUACGACUUUGCGAUUCGACAA